UGUAGCUGGAACCGCAGUGGCCAUGAAGAUGGCGUCUACCAGCCGCUUGGAUGCUCUUCCAAGAGUCACGUGUCCAAACCAUCCAGAUGCUAUCUUAGUGGAAGACUACAGAGCUGGUGAUAUGAUCUGUCCUGAAUGUGGUCUGCUUGUAGGUGACCGGGUUAUUGAUGUAGGAUCUGAGUGGAGAAUUUUCAGCAAUGAUAAAGCAACAAAAGAUCCAUCUCGAGUUGGAGAUUCUCAGAAUCCUCUUCUGAGUGAUGGAGAUUUGUCUACUAUGAUUGGCAAGGGUACAGGAGCUGCAAGUUUUGAUGAAUUUGGUAAUUCUAAGUACCAGAAUAGGAGAACCAUGAGUAGUUCUGAUCGGGCAAUGAUGAAUGCAUUCAAAGAAAUCACUACCAUGGCAGGCAGAAUCAACCUCCCUCGAAAUACAGUUGAUCGAACAAAUAAUCUAUUCAAACAAGUGUAUGAACAGAAGAGCCUGAAGGGAAGAGCUAAUGAUGCCACAGCUUCUGCUUGUCUCUAUAUUGCUUGCAUACAGGAAGGAGUUCCUAGGACAUUUAAAGAAAUAUGUGCCGUAUCACGAAUUUCUAAGAAAGAAAUUGGCCGAUGUUUUAAACUUAUUUUGAAAGCUUUAGAAACUAGUGUGGAUUUGAUUACAACUGGGGACUUCAUGUCCAGGUUUUGUUCCAACCUUUGUCUUCCUAAACAAGUACAGAUGGCAGCUACACAUACAGCCCAUAAAGCUGUGCAGUUGGACUUGGUUCCUCGAAGGAACCCCGUAUCUGUUGCAGCAGCCACCAUUUACCUGGCCUCGCAGGCAUCAGCUGACAAAAGGACCCAAAAAGAAAUUGGAGAUAUUGCUGGUGUUGCUGAUGUUACAAUCAGACAGUCCUACAAACUAAUCUAUCCUCGGGCCCCACAUCUUUUUCCUACAGACUUCAUAUUUGACACCCCUGUGGACAAACUACCACAGCUAUAA